ACGGCAACCAAGCUUGAAUGCCGCAUAAAGCACAAACCGUACAACAUUACCGUCAAUAUGGUUAGUAUUCCAGAAUUUUUUAGUACAUCUUUGACGUCUGGUUUGAUUGCUCUUGCGAUUGUGCUAGUGAUUGGAUAUGUCUUCCUAUUUUGGGAAAGAUCCGGGAUUCCACCUGGGCCGCCAUUCUGGCCCGUUGUUGGUAAUAUUUUUAAUAUGAGAGGAAAAUAUUUCGGAAGGAGACAUGUAUAUUUAGAAGAAAUGAAGGCAAAAUAUGGACCCGUUUUUCGUAUUUACUUAGGAAACCAACUAACCGUAUUUUUAAACGACCAAACAUCGAUCAAAGAAGCAAUUGUUGAUCAAAAGGAUGUAUUUAUAGCCAGACCGACCGAAAAACUAUGGGGAUACAAAAUGUCUGCCUUAGAGGGACCAGGGUUGGCGAUGGCCAAUGGUGAAGACUGGAAAGCCGCCAGGAGUUUAGUUGUACAGGCCUUUCACGAAAUAGGUUCAACAUCGUUUGAAGAAAUAAUCAGAGAUGAAAUAAAGGAUAUUAUAGCGUUACUCUCAACAAGUAGUGGAGAUGCGAUAAGGAUUAGGAACGCCUUGAUCAAGGCCACAACAAGUGUUAUUGGUCGUGUUUCGUUCGGAUCUAGAUUGGAUUAUAGUAAGGAAAUAGAUAUGCACAUUUUUAACACGGUCCGUGCUCUAUUUAAAGGCGAGGGGUCUAUGUCUCCUAUACAUACAUUACCGUUUCUCAGAUUUUUACCCGGUAUUGAAGGAAAGCUGGAGGAUCAAAACGAGGACGUUGCUGAAACAAGACAGGAAUUCAGUCGAUAUAUUGAUGAACACAAAAAGAAACUCACUGAACACGCAAGCAGAGAUUUGAUUGACGUGUUCUUGAAAAAAACUAAAACUACCAAAAAUUACCUCAUUGAUGAACAGAAUUUAACCCGAAUCAUUCUCGAUCUAUUUGCCGCUGGUUCCAUUGCUAAUGGAAAUGUUGUAGAUUGGGCAUUUCUUUACAUGAUACUACAACCAAACAUACAAAAGAAAUGCCAAGAUGAAAUCGAUAGAGUGGUCGGAUCAAAGAGAAUGGUAAGAUGGUCGGAUAAACCAAAUCUUCCAUACUUAGAAGCAACAUUGAUGGAAGCAUAUCGAUUAGGAAAUAAUGCCCCACUUUCUAUCUUCCAUAUGAACACCAAAGAUGCUUAUGUCAAAGGUUACUUAAUUCCAAAAGAGUCUAUUGUAAUUCCCAAUGUCCUUUCAUGUCAUUUAGACCAAACGACCUGGAAUGACCCAUUGGCAUUUAGACCAGAAAGAUUCUUAGAUGAAAGUGGUAAAAUUAAGCCACAUCCUGCAUUUAUGCCGUUUAUGAUUGGACCAAGGUUUUGUGUCGGUGAAACUUUGGGUCAGAUGCAGAUCUUUUUGAUGUUCAGCAAUAUUCUCCAAAUAUUUGUUCUUUCUAAGGAGGUAGGUGCUAAGUUGACCACUGAGGGUACCUAUGGAAUUAAUAUGGAAACAUCACCAUAUCUGAUUCACGCCAAAAGGAGAUAGAUGUAAGAUUCCCAAUCAUGCUUUUGAUAUGCCACGUGUUAUUGGAACCAUGUGAACGUUCUACAGUUAAAGUUUCUGUGAUUAUUUUAAAGAUACAAUUUCAUAUUUUUAAGUUAUAUUUUUAAGAUUUAUUAAAAUAAAGCCUUAAAAUAGAUGGUAUCCAUAAACAGUCCUACCUUGUAAAAUAAUAAUCCUAUUAAUCCUUUAAUUCACUAUUGCCAGCUGAGAAAUUGGCAAAAAUAUCAUUUUCAGCUUCAAAUUCAAACGUUUGAACAUAGCUAUUCCAUAGAGGUAAUAGGAAAACAAGGGGGGUAAUUGUGUUAUUAUUUCCUGUGUCAAUGAUUUUUAAGGGUGGGAAAUAAUGCCCAUGAUCGUAUAAUAGUGAGUUGAUAACCUAUUGAGCAAAAGACAUAUAAUUAUGUUUUGACUUUCUUAGAAAAUAUGAAAUUCUCGCUUUAAGAUCACCUUGUGAUUGUUCAGCUCGUCAUUAGGAUAAUUACUAUAUCGAGCAUUUAUUCAAAUUAUAUGAGGUCAAAGGUCUUAGGCCAAGGUUUUUCAUUUCCCCCAAGAGAAACAACUUGAAAAUAUCAUUAGAAAAUUUAGUUUUAAUUUAUAUUAAGGAUUUCCGUAUUCUGUUGCUGUUGUACAAAAUGAAGCCAAGUUCAAUACGUUACAUUUGUGAGUAAACGAAUAGCAAUGAAAAAAAAAUUUUUUUAGGAACACGUGUACAUGGAUAUUUCAGGACCUAGUGAUUGUGACUUGUUAGUAUUUUUAAUAUAUACGUGCAUUUUUAAUUAGAGAGUUCACGAAAACUAUGUUUGUAUUUCAACUAUUGUGUUUUUAACUAUGCCUUUGAUACUGGGGCAGCGAUUAUCUUCUAUCCAAGUCCGAAUGAUUGUUCUUGUUUUGCUUGUAAA